AUGGACGAGCCAGGUCCACCUAGCAUGGUUGGAAAAGAGGGUAUGCCAGAACCAGCGCCUAGGCCCAAAGGUCCAAAGCUCAAAUUCACUCGAGAAGACGAUGCACUACUUGUGAGGUUGAAAGAAACGAAGAACAUUACAUGGAAACAAAUCUCAGAAUUUUUCCCUGGUCGCAGUGCCGGGACACUUCAAGUGAGGUACUGUACCAAGCUGAAGGCUAAGACCACCCUGUGGAACGACGAUAUGAUUCAACGUCUUCGUACGGCAAUCCAUGACUACGAUAACGACCGCUGGCGGUUCAUCUCGAGCAAAGUUGGUAGUGGCUUCUCUGCCACAGCAUGCAAAGCAAAAGCAGAGGAAAUUGAGGCAGAAGACAUGAGAGAAGAGGAAGGUGCGGCCUCAGACUCGGACGACGACCAACAGAAUACUGUCGACGGUGACGUUGAAGAACAGGAUGCAGACGGAGAAGGCGAGACAUGA